CGUAUUUCUAUCCCAUUUAAGUGAGGAAUGCUAAACAUAUGAAAAGUGUGUUUGUAGGAUGAAUUGACGAUAAUUUGGUUUACAAUUCGGUUUAAGUUUUUUUUUUUAAACAUAAUAAACAUCAGAACGGACAUUAAAUAUUACUACUGCGCACUAAAAAUGCACCAUCUUAAUGGAACCAAAAUUUGAUCACAUGAACAUCCAAUUCAGGCACGCAAAAGUCAUUAAUUAUGGCUCUAAAGCUUUCUCCAUUGGCUGUUUCAUUAUGGCCGACUUCAUUUGACUUUUUGAGGAUGUCACGACGUGUCAAUGGCGUGGAUUAUUAUCAAUCCAAACAAGGUCGGGAUUUGGUACCUCAACAAAAUACUUAUUAUACAUCUUUCAACUCUAGGAUUAUUGAUGCUGUCAAGAAUAGAUUCCAUCGCAGCGAUAAAAUGUUUCAAAUGCAGCGUUACUGUAGAAAAAAAUUAUAUACAAAAUAUAACUGUUUUGACGCCAAUGUGCACCAAAUUUGACUGGUCUGAAAAUUUUAUCAUUGAUUGCCCAUUUUCGACAAUGUGUUUAAAAACCAUUUCAACACUUCAUUUGCAAAACGAAAAACAAAACACUAUAACAAGGGGAUGCGCGCCGCAAAAAGAUACUAAACAGGUCUUUAAGAAUCGUCGAUGGCAACAAGAAUAUUCGGUACAAGAAGUGUACGAUGAAGGCUGUACAGAAUUUAAGGCAAAUCACUUGUCAGUAUCCAGUAAAAUACACUGCUAUUGCCGGGGUAAUUUAUGCAACUCAGGACCAGGAAAAAUCUUUGCUGAGCGAAUACUCGCUACAAGCCUAGCUGUACUUUUCUAUUUAUUGCGCUUAUUGUAGUAAAUAUUGUGAUAUAAAACAACUACCAUUGAACUACCUAGAAUUAGACAUUUGCAAAUUUUCAAAAAUACAAUUAGAACACAUAGAUAAUGAUAUUAUUUUUAUAUUUAAUAUAAUAACUUUAUAAAGAAGCUAUUUUAUAUAUAUGUACAUUUGGUCAGAGUGAUUUGUUUGCAGAAAGGUAUUGGAAUAGUUUUUUAUUUUGUUUAUAUACUUAUUAUAAAUAAUCGAUAAACUAAUAAAGCCAAAAAUAUUUAUUUUUAUACUCUCGCAACAAAGUUGCUAAGGAGAGUAUUAUAGUUUUGUUCACAUAAUGGUUGUUUGUAAGUCCUAAAACUAAAAGAGUCAGAUAUAGGGUUAUAUAUACCAAAGUGAUCAGGGUGACGAGUAGAGUUGAAAUCCGGAUGUCUGUCUGUCCGUCUGUCCGUCCGUCCGUCCGUGCAAGCUGUAACUUGAGUAAAAAUUGAGAUAUCAUGAAGAAACUUGGUACACGUAUUUCUUGGCUUCAUAAGAAGGUUAAGUUCGAAGAUGGGCAAAAUCGGUCCACUGCCACGCCCACAAAAUGGCGGAAACCGAAAACUUAUAAACUGUCAUAACUAAGCCAUAAAUAAAGAUAUUAAAGUGAAAUUUGGCACAAAGGAUCGUAUUAGGGAGGGGCAUAUUUGGAGGUAAUUUUUUUGGAAAAGUGGGCGUGGCCCCGCCCCCUACUAAGUUUUUUGUACAUAUAUCGGAAACUACUAUAGCUAUGUCAACCAAACUCUAUAGAGUCGUUUCCUUCAAUCAUUUCCAUAUACAGUUUAAAAAUGGAAGAAAUCGAAUAACAACUACGCCCACCUCCCAUACAAAGGUUAUGUUGAAAAUCACUAAAAGUGCGUUAACCGACUAACAAAAAACGUCAGAAACACUAAAUUUUACGGAAGAAAUGGUAUAAGUAAGCUGCACCCAGGCUUUUUUUUAAGUUGAAAGUGGGCGUGGCGCCGCCCACUUAUAGACCAAAAACCAUAUCUCAGGAACUACUGGACCGAUUUCAAUGAAAUUCGGUAUAUAAUAUUUUCUUAACACCCUGAUGACAUGUACGAAAUAUGGGUGAAAUCGGUUCACAACCACGCCUUCUUCCAAUAUAACGCUAUUUUGAAUUCCAUCUGAUGCCUUCUAUGUAUAAUAUGUAUAUACAUUAGGAAAUGAAAAUACUAUUCAAUGCUCAAAGUACACAAAUUGAUCUAAUCUAAUUAAUUUUACAGCAAAAUAAAGAAAUAUGUAUAUUAUUAUCACUUCAUCAUGCGAGAGUAUAAAAUGUUCGGUGACACCCGAACUUAGCCCUACCUUACUUGUUAUAAUAAAAUUUAGACCAAUAGAUAAUUAUUUAACACCUCAACAUCGUCAGAUAAAUUGAUACCGAUUUUAAAUUUCAAUAAAAUGAUAUCCAUUUCUUUAUGCUUCA